GAUGUUAGUUGUAAUGAAAAUAUUGGCCAUUGUGUACAUUUUACGAUUAAUUUGGGCUAUGGAGAUAGCGCCCGAGAGACAUGAAGUAGAAUAUAUCAAUAAGAAAUACCUGAAGAACUUGUCAGUGGUCUUCAGAAAGUUCAGCCGAAACUCUCCUCUGUAUGUCAGCAUGGAGCUGGAGUCCUUGGUGGGAGUCGGCGAUAAUAUGACGUUAAAAAUGGCAUUAUACGAAUAUCUCGCCGGCCAUUACAUACCGACCCCUCUAAACGUAGCGUACACGUUCUGCGAUUUCCUCUACCACGAGCCUUUCUUCGGACAAAUGUAUGCCAAGCAGUUCCCAGAAAAUUGGACGUGUCCAUUCCCAGCUGGCGAAUAUCAUUUUGUGAACAUGACGAUUCAUUUGGAGAAUUUCCCAUACACCAUUCCUUUCACAUAUUCCUCAAUGAUUGUACGAACGCGAGCUGAUGUCCAGGGAUUCUUCACACACACCAAUGAAGAAGUGUUUCGAUGGAAGACCUUUAUAAAAAUAACUCAAAAAAUGAAUCCAAAGGAUGUGAAGAAGAAUAAAGCUGUGAAACAUAAUAUUAAUAAGGAAUUAGCACUGAUUUAA